UAGUUUUGCUUUAUGGCAUCUACCAGGGAGCUUACCCAGGGGUCUUCGCACCACACUUUCCAAGAUGGCUGCCUCCGUCACAGGUUUACUAAAACCUUGGACACCAAGGGUACUCCUGGUGAGAUGGAGCAGGUACAACCCUUACUACCUGGAGCCUGAGCCUAGGAAAGAGAUGUACCACAUCCCAGAGACUGAGCUCACACCUGAGCAGAAAGAGGAGAGGGAGCUGAAAUCUGUCAGGCCCAUAAAGGCAGCCACCAACUCUGUUACCAGCUCUGUUUUCAACGACCCUGUGCUGAGCAAGUUUGUCAACAUGAUGAUGAAAGAUGGUGACAAGAUUAUUGCCAAAGGUAUCAUCACACAGACAUUGGAGAACAUGAAGAGAAAACAGGUGGAGAAGUACCACAAAGCCCCCGAGGGAAAGAAGGCAGAGAUCGAGUGUAAUCCAUACGCCAUCUUCCACCAGGCUCUGGAGAACUGCAAGCCUGUCAUUGGCCUGGCUAGCAUUCAGAAAGGGGGAAAGUUCUAUCAGGUGCCCAUACCUCUGACAGACAACAGGCGGCGCUUCCUGGCCAUGAAGUGGAUGAUCACAGAGUGCCGGGACAACAAGCACAGACGCACACUAAUGUACGAAAAACUAUCCCAGGAACUGCUGGCCGCCUUCUCCAAAGAGGGCAACGUGGUCAAACGGAAACACGAACUGCACAAGAUGGCUGAAUCCAACAGAGCCUACGCCCACUAUCGCUGGUGGUAGUCGACUUUGAAGUCUGAGUGCAGCAUUCAAAAUGGGACCUUUUGGACUGGAAGGAAUUCAAUCCAUUGUCCCUUUGGUCAAACUUGAGGUGGAGUUCCUUGUUGGAAAAUAAAAACAUCAUGGACAUUUGUGCAACCCAUUCAUGGGAGAUUGUCUUCAAUGUAGGGCAUUAACAGGCUAUGUAAAUAUAAAUCUCUUGGACUCCAUUGUGAAAUAUUUGGAAUGGUGUGUAUCCAAGUAUACUGACCACAAACACAGUUACUGUAAAUGUGGCUUCUUUUACUAACGUUGUAUUAUGGUUCAAUAAAGAAUGAUUGUGAAAACAUUACAAAUGACAUGAUCACAUACUGUAUUUAGAAUAUAGGUGCAUUCAGUGACAUCUUCAAAUAAAUAAAAGCUUAGGUAAAACCCA